AUGAAGCAGAAGAAGACGCAGAGCUCGUUGCUGAGUUUCUUCAGUCCUCCGUCAUCACGUGGUGCAUCGAUUGCAGACAAGAAGCAUGCGGCAAUUGCCUCUACUACUGACGAAGGUAACCACCACUUGCUUCAGGUGACUGAGACAGGGACAAAGACUGAGGCGAAGGGCACGACGCGCAAGAAGAUUGAGUUUUCGCCCAAGAUCAAGACAUUAAAGACGGCGAUUGAGCCACAGGAAAGCAGCAAGAACGAUCAGGAUAGGAAACAAGUGGCCAUACCUCUGGUUUCUAGUGGUGUCAAGCGCAAGGCGUACGAGGACUUCCUUGGUACGAGCUCGGAGGACGGAGACGACGACGACGAAGCGACCAAUACACUUGACUCGACGAGCUGCCAUCAGGAAAAGGAGAAGGAAGAAAAGGAGCUGUUGCUACUGGCAACGAAGAGACGUGCUGGACGUCUUGUAAUUCGAGAUGAUGACGAUGACGACGAUAACUCGGACAAGGAGGAGCAUGUGGCGUCAGCCUCGUAUCGACGGAAGGUGAAGACCAUCAGUCGCAACGUCGUGAGCAGUGAAGAGGAGUGGAUGGAGCAAGAUGAUUUAGAGGAAGAUGGCGGCGGAGACGAGUCCGAAUUCAGUGGUGCGGAACACGGACCUUCCGACGACGGCGACGAUAUGGACGAUUUCGUGAUCGAUGAGAUAGACGAAGAGGUCUUACCAUGUAAAAAGCGACGGAAGAGUGCCCCGGCAACGAGCAAAUCGAAGAAAGUGGCAGUCAAGUCCUUUUUGUCCCCUCCGCCUGCGGCCAAAGCGAAAUGGAACGCUGCGUCUAUUCCAAAUGCUGAGAAAGCUGCAGAUAGCUCUGAGUUGCCUAGUUCCGUUGCGGGGGCUGGCAAUCAUAUCCAUGAUUCUUUACCUUGGCUACACAAAGAACGACGUGAUAUUAAUGGCAACGCACCAGACUCACCGGACUAUGAUCCGCGCACCCUCAAGGUACCACCAGAAUUUUUGAAAAAAGAAACUCCAGCCAUGGUGCAGUGGUGGGAAGUAAAAGCGACAAAUAUGGACACGGUGCUCUUUUUCAAGGUUGGCAAGUUCUAUGAGCUGUUUCACAUGGAUGCCGAUAUUGGCUUUAAGGAGCUGAACCUGAUCUACAUGAAAGGUGAGAAAGCACACUCGGGCUUUCCAGAGAUCGCAUACUCAAAGAUGUCGUCCCAACUUGUCGCGAAGGGAUAUCGCGUUGCUCGUGUUGAACAGACAGAAACUCCUGACAUGUUGAAGAUCCGAAACAGCACUUUGUCAAAAAAAGCCAAAGUUGUUCGUCGUGAGGUGUGCUCGCUGCUGUCCAUCGGUACCAAUACUGUCAGCUUCUUAGACGCUCCUAUAUCAUCUCAAGAUCAAGUGUCAAAGCACCUUCUCGUGCUGAAAGAGUUUUGCGACCCUACGCAGAAAAUUGUGCGUUUCGGUCUAUGCAUGGUCGACUGUUCUACUGGCGCCUUCCAAUUAGCCGAGUUCGAUGACACAGAGCAGCGCGACCGUCUGAAGACGCUCUUCGCCCAAUUUCAUAUCGUAGAAAUUGUGACCGAGCGAUUUAACGUGUCGGAUGUCACUAAAAUGGUGCUCAAGUACGCUGUACCAGCUGUGAUUCGGUCAACAUUGCGAGUGGGCAAAGAGUUUUGGGACGCAUCGAAAACAGUUGAUGAAAUUGAGCGGGCUGGGUAUUUUAAGGAGCACGGGUGGCCAGAAGAUGUCCUUUGCUUCCUGGAAAUGGACAAAGUAGUAAAACCUGAGGGUCGACUUGCGAUCAGUGCUCUGGGAGGCUGUAUCUGGCAUUUGCGACGAAGUAUAAUCGAUCGAGAGUUACUUUCACUCUGCAAGUUUAAACGGUACAAGCCUUCAGACGAGGAAGCGCGGGAUGCACGCUUUGAUACCGUAGCAAUGUCUGCGGCGAAGGCUGAAUUAAAUCAGCAAUAUGUCGUUCUGGACUCACAGACAAUCAAGAAUCUAGAGGUGCUUUGUAACAGCUUUGAUGGCUCGCGUUCAGGAUCACUCAUCGAUAUUAUGGACAAGACCGUGACGAGCUUUGGCCGCCGCAUGUUUCAAGAGUGGGUCCUGAAACCGUUGUGCAAGAUAUGUGAUAUUCAAGAGCGACUUAAUGCGGUUGAAGAACUGGGCAAUUGUAAUGACGUGAUGAUGGAGAUUCGCGAGCUCCUCCGCAAACUGCCUGAUCUUGAACGUUUACUGUCCCGAAUCCACGCACUUGGAUCUGCGUACCGGUCAAAAGAACAUCCAGACAGCCGUGCUAUAAUGUACGAAUCUCAGCAGUACAACGUUCGCAAGAUUAAAGACUUCCUCUCGGUGCUGAACGGAUUCGAUGCGGCCAUGAAUCUUGCCCUACAGUUGGGACCCCGUCUUUCUCAAUCCACCUCGCCCAUCCUUCGGGCUCUAUUGAAAACGCACAAAAUUGGUGAUGAUUCUGACCCGAACAUUGGCUGUGGGCACUUCCCCGACCUCACAGAGAAGCUGGAGUUCUUCAAGCGCAGCUUUGACCAAGCUGCUGCAGAAAAGAGCGGUGAGAUAGUACCCCAAUCAGGCGUUGACUCGGAGUUCGACGCAGCUUGUGUUGAGAUUGCUCAAGUUGAAGCCGAACUUGCGGAGUAUCUCCACGAACAGCGUACAGCGCUGCGGUGUCGAGGUAUUUCUUACUGGGGCAAGAAGAAAGAGGAUCGCUAUCAGUUGGAGGUCCCCGAAAGUGCACUGGAGAAGCAACCGAAAGAGUACGAGCUCAAGUCUCGCAAAAAAGGAUACAAACGCUUUCAUACACGAACCAUUCGUGACCUGCUCAAACGCUUGGCUGCAGCGGAAGCCCAGAAAGAGGAGGCCCUGAAAGAUCAGACACGCCGCAUUUUUCACAAGUUCGAUGAGGACUACAAGUACUGGAUGAAGGCAGUGCAAUGUCUUGCGGUACUAGAUUGCCUCGUCAGUCUUGGAUUACUCAGCAGCCAAAGCGAAGGAUACACGAAGCCCGAAGUGGUCGUCGCGAGCUCUGCAAAUGGAGGAACUCCCUUCAUCCAUAUCAAGGAAGGCGUGCACCCUUGCGUUGCCGCGAGCUAUGACAAUGGCGGCUUCAUUCCGAAUGACGCGCACCUUGGUAUCGAAGGGAAGGGCCAAAUGAUCCUUCUGAGUGGGCCGAAUAUGGGUGGGAAGUCUACGUUGCUGCGGCAAACCUGCGUGCUGACCCUCAUGGCCCAAAUCGGCAGCUUUGUUCCCGCCGCAACAUGUCGCCUCAGUCCAGUGGAUCGUAUUUUCACUCGAAUCGGUGCGUCCGACCGUAUUCUUGCUGGCCAGAGUACUCUUUACGUCGAGUUGGCUGAGACCGCAACAAUCCUGAAUCACGCUACCAGACACUCGCUUGUUAUCCUGGACGAGUUGGGACGUGGAACCUCGACGUUCGACGGCACUGCGAUUGCCUACUCGGUUGUCGAGCACCUGCUGAGCGACAUCCAGUGCCGCACAAUGUUCGCGACGCACUAUCACUCGCUGGUCGAAGAGUACGCAGACAACAGCAAGGUAUCGCUCGGCCACAUGGGCUGUAUCGUGAACCCGGAGAACGAUCGCAAGGUCACGUUCCUGUACAAGCUCGAGGACGGCGCGUGCCCCAAGAGCUACGGCAUCAACGUUGCCAUGUUGGCCAAGCUCCCGGACCAAGUGAUCGAGUGUGCGGCCCAGAAAUCAGCGCAGUUUGAGCGCUCGUUGCAGGCGACCAACGCGCAUACGGAGCAAGAGAUGGUCCAGCUGGCGCACGACGUACGGGCGGCAUUCGCCCAAGGCGAAGCGGGCUUUGACCGCCUCGUCGACCUGUGGACUCGGUGCGUCGCUCGUUCCCACAAAUGUAGCCAUGUGACGUCGCGUCCAUAG